AUGUUCUCCAGCAAACAGCCCCCUGCCCUGGCUCGGGAAGAGCGCUACCGCCCAGCCCGGGACCCCGAGCAGGUCUUGGGAGCUGUUGACAAUACCAUGGGUGAUGGCUGCUCUCAGAAGCUGGCAACUGCUAAUAUUCUCCGCUUCCUAUUGCUGGUCUUGAUUCCAUGUAUCUGUGCACUCAUUGUCCUGCUGGUGAUCCUGCUUUCCUUUGUUGGAACAUUAAAAAAAACCUAUUUUAAAGCAAAUGGGAGUGAACCUUUGGUCACCGAUGGUGAAGUUCAAGUGUCUGAUAUUAUUCUUACAAAUACGAUCUGUAACAAGAGCACUGUGACAUCUACUACACAUCCCAAUCAACACAUUCCAGCCUGGACCACGGAUGCUUCUCUCCCAGGGGACCAAAAUCACAAGAACACAAGUGCCUGUAGGAACAUCACCCACAGCCAGUGUCAGAUGCUGCCCUACCAAACCACGCUAACACCUCUCUUCUCGAUUGUCAAAAACACGGAAGUGGAGAAGUUCCUCAAGUUCUUCAUGUACCUCCAUCGCCUCAGCUGCUACCAACAUAUCAUGCUUUUUGGCUGUAGCCUCGCCUUCCCCGAGUGCGUCGGUGAUGCUGAUGACAGCCAUGGACUCCUGCCCUGUAGGUCCUUCUGUGAGGCUGCCCAAGAGGGUUGCGAAUCAGUCCUGGGGAUGGUGAAUGCCUCCUGGCCUGACUUCCUCACCUGCUCCCAGUUUAGAAACCAAACCGAAAGCAGCAAUGUCAGCAGGAUUUGCUUCUCACCACAACAGGAAAAAGGCAAGGAAUCGCUCUGCGGAGGGGGCGAGAGCUUUCUGUGCGCCAGCGGGCUCUGCGUGCCCAGGAAGCUGCAGUGCAAUGGGCACAACGACUGUGACGACUGGAGCGACGAAGCGCAUUGCAAUUGCAGUGAGAAUAUGUUCCACUGUCACACGGGCAAGUGCCUUAAUUACAGCCUUGUGUGUGAUGGAUACGAUGACUGCGGGGACCUGAGUGAUGAGCAGAACUGUGAUUGCAAUCCCACAAAGGAGCAUCGCUGUGGAGAUGGGCGCUGCAUCGCGAUAGAGUGGGUGUGUGAUGGUGACCAUGACUGUGUGGAUAAGUCUGAUGAGGUCAAUUGCUCCUGCCACAGCCAAGGUCUGGCCGAGUGCCGGAGCGGACAGUGUAUCCCCAGCACCUUCCAGUGUGACGGGGACGAGGACUGCAGGGACGGCACUGACGAGGAGAAUUGCAGCCAGAGUCAGACUCCAUGUCAAGAAGGCGACCAAAGAUGCCUCUACAAUUCCUGCCUUGAUUCAUGUGGUGGUAACUCCCUGUGUGACCCGAACCACAGUCUGAAUAACUGUAGUCAAUGUGAACCAAUUACAUUGGAACUCUGCAUGAAUUUACCCUACAACUAUACAAAUUAUCCAAAUUACCUUGGCCACAGGACUCAAAAGGAAGCAUCCAUCAGCUGGGAGUCUUCUCUUUUCCCUGCACUUGUUCAAACGAAUUGUUACAAAUACCUCAUGUUCUUUGCUUGCACCAUUUUGGUACCAAAGUGUGAUGUGAACACAAGCCAGCGGAUCCCACCUUGCAGACCACUGUGUGAGCACUCCAAAGAACACUGUGAGUCUGUGCUUGGGAUCGUGGGCCUACAGUGGCCUGAAGACACAGAUUGCAAUCAGUUUCCAGAGGAAAAUUCAGACAACCAAACCUGCCUAAUGCCCGAUGAAGCUGUGGAAGAAUGCUCACCUAGUCACUUCAAGUGUGGCUCUGGACGGUGUGUUCUGGCUACCAGAAGAUGUGAUGGCCAGGCUGACUGUGACGAUGACAGUGAUGAAGAAAACUGUGGCUGUAAAGAGAGAGAUCUUUGGGAAUGUCCAUCCAAUAAACAAUGUUUGAAGCAUACAGUCAUCUGUGAUGGGUUCCCAGACUGUCCUGAUGGCAUGGAUGAGAAGAACUGUUCAUUUUGCCAGGAUGAUGAACUCGAAUGUGCAAACCAUGAGUGUGUGUCCCGUGAGCGCUGGUGUGAUGGGGAAGCCGACUGCUUGGACAGUUCUGACGAGUGGGACUGUGUGACCCUCUCUAAAAAUGUGAGCUCCUCUUCGUUCCUGACGGCUCACAGAUCUGCCAUAGAACACCACGUGUGUGCGGAUGGCUGGCAGGAGACGUUAAGUCAGCUGGCCUGCAAGCAGAUGGGUUUAGGAGAACCAUCUGUGACCGAAUUGGUACAGGAACAGGAGCAAGACCAGCUGUGGUUGACAUUACACUCCAGCUGGGAGAGCCUCAACGGGACUACUUUGCAUGAACUGUUGGUAAAAGGGCAGGCUUGUCAUAGCAGAAGUAAGAUUUCUCUUCUGUGUACUAAACAAGACUGUGGGCGUCGCCCUGCUGCCCGAAUGAACAAGAGGAUCCUUGGGGGUCGGACGAGUCGCCCUGGAAGGUGGCCAUGGCAGUGUUCCCUGCAGAGUGAACCCAGUGGACACAUUUGUGGCUGUGUCCUCAUUGCCAAGAAGUGGGUCCUGACAGUUGCCCACUGCUUCGAGGGGAGAGAGAACGCUGCCGUCUGGAAAGUGGUGUUUGGCAUCAACAACCUAGACCACCCGUCACCGUUCCUGCAGACGCGCCUCGUGAGGACCAUCAUCCCGCACCCGCGCUAUAGCCGAGCGGUGGUCGACUACGACAUCAGCAUCGUGGAGCUGAGCGAAGACGUCAACGAAACCAGCUACGUCCGGCCGGUCUGCUUGCCCAGCUCAGAGCAGGCCUUGCAACCCGACACGUACUGCUAUAUCACAGGCUGGGGGCACAUGGGCAACAAAAUGCCUUUUAAGCUGCAAGAGGGAGAGGUCCGCAUCAUUCCCCUGGAGCAGUGCCGGUCCUACUUCGACAUGAAGACCAUCACGGCGCGGAUGGUGUGCGCCGGCUAUGAGUCCGGCACCGUCGACUCGUGCAUGGGUGACAGCGGUGGGCCACUUGUUUGCGAGCGGCCUGGAGGACAGUGGACAUUAUUUGGUUUAACGUCGUGGGGCUCUGUCUGUUUUUCCAAAGUCCUGGGGCCCGGAGUUUAUAGCAAUGUGUCAUACUUCGUCGAAUGGAUUGAAAGACAAAUAUACAUCCAUACCUUUCUCCUAAACUAA